UGCUCCGGAGACUGGCGGAAGUAGAGGCACUUCUCGGUACACUUAUUAUCAACAAGAAAAACAGCAGCCAUUAUAUUAUAUUUAAAUAAGGUCUCAUAUCAAUUGCUUGUGUAUAAAACUUAUCAAAGCGCUCUACUUUGUGCGCGGCUUCACCAAGAAUUGCCACAAUGACGGCGGCGGUGUUUUUUGGCUGUACCUUCAUUGCCUUCGGCCCUGCUAUUGCUCUGUUCCUGUUUACCAUCGCCAGGGAACCACUGCGUGUUAUUUUCCUCAUAGCUGGAGCUUUUUUCUGGCUGGUUUCUCUUCUACUGGCAUCUCUGGUUUGGUUCAUCUCUGUCCAGAUCAGCAAUAAGGACAGCGCCGAGCAGCAGAAAGGCCUCCUCAUCUUUGGUGUGGUGUUGUCCGUUCUCCUGCAGGAGACCUUCCGCUUUGCUUACUACAAGCUGCUCAAGAAAGCGAAUGAAGGUCUUCUGACCCUGAGUCAGGAGGAGACCAUGCCCAUCUCCAUAAGACAACUGGCCUACGUGUCCGGCCUCGGCUUCGGCUUCAUGAGUGGAGCGUUCUCCGUGGUCAACAUUCUGGCUGACUCUGUCGGCCCGGGAACUGUUGGCAUCCAUGGAGACUCGCAGCAUUACUUCUUGUCUUCAGCAUUCAUGACGAUGGCCAUCAUCCUCCUGCACAUGUUCUGGGGCGUUGUCUUUUUUGACGCCUGCGAGAAGAAGCGAUGGUGGGCGGUGGCUUCUGUUGUCGUCAGUCAUCUCCUCGUUUCCUGUCUGACUUUCCAGAAUCCGGAAUAUGUCGGAAGUUUGGUUCCCACCUACGUCAUCUUGUUCCUAAUGGGAAUGUGGGCCUUUUACUCUGCCGGUGGCUCGCUGAGGAACCUCAAACUUUGCCUCACGUGCAAGGACAAGGACUUCCUGCUCGCCAAUCACCGGCCCAGAUAACGCAACACUCCCGGGAGCGUGCGGGACUCUACAUCCAAAGAUAACACACACACACACAAACACACACACACACAAACACACACUAAAUCCAUAUGAGAGAUAAUAUGAGUUAUGAAUUGAAUUUUGGAACAUAAUGGUAUUUUAUUGUUAAAAAAAAAAAAAAAGGUACCGUAAAAGCAGUGAAUGUUUUGCAGAAGAAAUCUAACAUUCCCAUGGAGGUUCACAUCUAAAAUCACUGAGCAUGCACGGUGCACCAUGUUUGAUUCCUACCACUUUUUCACGUUAAAGUCUCAAUAUUAUUACAUUCAUGUCCGGUGUUUUUUUUUUUUUUUUUUUUCUCUCAGGCUGCAUGGUGGUUGAGUGGUUAGGUCACAUGUCUCACAGCUAGGAGACCCGAGUUCAAUUCCACACUCGGCUAUCUCUGUGUGGAGUUUGCGUGUUCUCCCCCUGUGCAUGCGUGAGUUUUCUCCGGGUACUCCGGUUUCCUCCCAUAUUAUAUUUUUAAAAUAUUGGCUGUACGGUGGUCGAGUGGUUAGCGCACAGGCCUCACAGCUAGGAGACCCGAGUUCAAUUCCACACUCGGUUAUCUCUGUGUGGAGUUUGCGUGUUCUCCCCCCGUGCAUGCGUGGGUUUUCUCCGGGUACUCCGGUUUCCUCCCACAUUAUAUUUUUAAAAUAUUGGCUGUACGGUGGUCGAGUGGUUAGCGCACAGACCUCACAGCUAGGAGACCAAGGUUAAAUUCCACCCUCGGCCAUCUCUGUUUUUGCACGUUCUCCCCCGUCCGUGCAUGUGUGGGUUUUCUCCGGGUACUCCGGUUUCCUCCCACAUUCCAAAAACAUGCUAGGCUAAUUCUAAUUAGCGACUACAAAUUGUCCAUAGGACAGCUGGGAUAGGCUCCAGCACUGCCGCGAUCCUCGUGAGGGUAAACGGUAGAAAAUGAAUGAAUGAAUGAAUUUGGGCCGCAUGGUGAAUGAGUGGUUAGCACGCAGGCCUCACAGCUAGGAGACCCGAGUUCAAUUCCACACUCGGCCAUUUCUGUUUUUCCCGGGUACUCCGGUUUCCUCCCACAUUCCAAAAACAUGCUAGGCUAAUUAGCGACUCCAAAUUGUCCAUAGGUAUGAAUGUGAGUGUGAAUGGUUGUUUGUCUGGGAUAGGCUCCAGCACCCCCCGCGAUCCUCUUGAGGAUAAGCGGUAGAAAAUGAAUGAAUGAAUGAAUUAAUGAAUUUGGGCUGCAUGGUGAAUGAGUGGUUAGCACGCAGGCCUCACAGCUAGGAGACUGGGGUUCAAUUCCCCCCAUCUCUGUGUGGAGUUUGCAUGUUCUCCACCGUGCAUGCGUGGGUUUUCUCCGGGUACUCCGGUUUCCUUCACAUUCCAAAAACAUGCUAGGUUAAUUAGCGACUCCAAAUUGUCCAUAGGUAUGAAUGUGAGUGUGAAUGGUUGUUUGUCUGGGAUAGGCUCCAGCACCCCCCUGCGAUCCUCUUGAGGAUAAGCGGUAGAAAAUGAAUGAAUGAAUGAAUGAAUGAAUUUGGGCCGCAUGGUGAAUGAGUGUUUAGCACGCAGGUCUCGCAGCUAGGAGACUGGGGUUCAAUUCCCCCCAUCUCUGUGUGGAGUUUGCAUGUUCUCCCCGUGCAUGCGUGGGUUUUCUCCGGGUACUCCGGUUUCCUCCCACAUUCCAAAAACAUGCUAGGUUAAUUAGUGAAUCCAAAUUAACUAAUUAAUUAAUUAACUAAUUAAUUAAUUAGCGACUCCGGAGUAAAAACCCGAAAAAAAAAACACGCAUGCACGGGGAGAACAUGCUUAACUCCACACAGAGAUGGCCGAGCGUGGAAUUGAACCCUCGUCUCCUAGCUGUGAGGUUUGUACGCUAACCACUCAUCCACCGUGCAGCCAUUAUUAUUAUUAUUUUAAAAAAAAAGUGCAGCCAACACAAACAAACGAGCUGUAAAAUUGUGAUCUCCGAAUGUUCCAUUUCUUUCUUGCCUUUCUUUUUAAUAUGAUUUCGUCUCAUUUUUGUUGUCGUAAUUUUAACAUGAAAAUGAUUUUACGUGUUAAAUGUUUUUUUUCUCACGAGUAAGUGUAAGUUAUAAGUGCUUCCUGUUUACAUCUUUUAAACAGCAGGCAAUUUGUUGCAAAAUUUCACCGUCAAACUUCUAGACAAGCGUGCCAAUUUCUGUUUGUUCUGUAAGUUUCGUAGAACUAAGAAAAAACAAAAAAAAAGUGCAAAAAAAACAAAAGAGCAAAAUAGAAAAAUUUCACUUGUUUGCACCGCCUUUCUAAUAAAUCUGUUGUUCUGUUUUCAAAUGUUGCAUAUUCAUAUUUUUUCAUUUUAACUUGCCUUGUGUUUCAAAUGCUUUCACAAUUUAAUAGGAAAUACUGCAAAUACCGUCGAGUUAGCAUUUAGCAUGCACACCGUGACUUCCUGUUCAAUGCCAAGCAAUCUGUUCAGAAGACUCUUAUUACAACACACACAAGCUAGAGUUCUUAUUUACGUCUUAUAUUGCUUCUUUUCUCAGAUUAUAUCCAUUAUAUAAAUAUCAAUGUGACUCUAGGGGUGUUAUUUCAUGUCUAGAGGGCUCUAAAAAUGUUAAAAGUGUUUUUAGAAGAUUGGAAACAAUUUUUUUGUGCCCCAACUACAAGGAAUAUAUAAUUCAUGGAGAAGGAAAGUUACUUAGGUUAGUUAGCAUGCAGGUCUCACAGCUAGGAGACCCGGGUUCAAUUCCACCCUCGGCUAUCUCUGUGUGGAGUUUGCAUAAAAAUGCGUAUUUUCCCCAUUCGGGUGUUUAAAAAAAAAAAAAAAACACAACAAAGACAACAAACAUGUUCACCAAUUCUGUUCAUAAUUUUCAUGGAUAAAAUCUCUAUAUAGACGCAGCCAAGGCAUCAAUGGGGUCCGGUUCUGGGGGGCGGAUGAUGUGGUGUCAAUUUCCCAGCCGAUCCAUGUUCCCACCCUCACCGUGAUGGUUAUGAGGUUUAGCUUGUGACCGUAAGAACGAGAUCGGGUGAGGACCUCAGUCAUCCGGGAUCCUUAAGUUAAUCACAAAAAUAAUAAUUUAAAAAUAAAAAUCUUACGCCCCCAUUUUUUAUCCUGUAGAACUAUCUCUGAGAACCCCCACCCCCGCACCACCCCUGUCUUUUUUUUCUCCAUUUAUGAAAGAGGAAACCCCCUUGCUGUAGGAAACAAAGCCAACGGGGGUCUCUGAGGGCCCCAUAGAAGUCAAAGACCUUUAUAGAGGGCAUAGAAAGGAGACAUUCAGGAAGUGUGGCCGCCGCCAAUAGAACCCGGGGCGGCUGGGGGGGGGGGGGUGGUGGUUAGCCUAUGUUCAUAUUUUGAACUCCCCCCACCCCAAAUGUAAGUUUGACGACGGUAAAUAUUUGUUGUCCUUUCACAAGGUCACUCGGUGUCAGUAAUGUUAGUGGAAUGAUUUGACGGCCAAAACAACAAGCCUUUAUUGCAGGUUGGAAUGAACUCACUACAGGCACGAUAAUACGUCAAAAAUCAGACAAAAAAAGGUUGCACGGUGGAUGAGUGGUUGGCACACGGGUCUCGCAGCAAGGAGACCCGAGUUCAAUUCCACCCUCGGGCCAUCUCUGUGUGGAGUUUGCAUGUUUUCACCGGGUACUCCAGUU